GGGCUCCCCCGAGCGCCUCGGGCCCGGGCGGCCCGCAUGGCGGGCGCGGCGGCUGGGGCCGGGGCUGGGUAGUCGACACCGCGAGCAGGCUGAGGAUGCAGCGCUGGAAGGCGGCGGCCCUGGCUUCUGUGCUCUGUAGCUCCGUGCUGUCCAUCUGGAUCUGUCGCGAGGGUCUGCUGCUCAGCCACCGCCUGGGACCGGCUCUGGCCCCUCUGCGCCGCCCACCACGCACCCUGGACGCCCGGAUUGCCCGCCUGGCCCAGUACCGAGCUCUGCUCCAGGGUGCCCCCGACGCCGUGGAGCUGCAAGAGCUGGCGCCCUGGGCUGGCCGCGCCCCUGGUCUGCGCCGUCGGGCGGGACCCCGGCGUCGGCGCGCACGUGCGCGGUCUGGGUCCCAGCCUUGCGGGCUGCGCGAACUGGAGGUGCGCGUGAGCGAGCUGGGCCUGGGCUACGCGUCCGACGAGACGGUGCUGUUCCGCUACUGCGCAGGCGCGUGCGAGGCGUCCGAGCGCGUGUACGACCUGGGGCUGCGGCGCCUGCGCCAGCGCCGGCGCGUGCGGCGGGAGCAGGUGCGCGCGCAGCCCUGUUGCCGCCCGACGGCCUACGAAGACGAGGUAUCUUUCAUGGACGUGCACAGCCGGUACCACACGGUGCAUGAGCUGUCGGCGAGCGAGUGCGCCUGUGUGUGACCCUACCUCACCCGCCUGGCAAGACGGCGGCCACGCCCCUACACCCCUCCCAAGGUACCCACCGCCCAGCCUGGCCAGCCCUGCAAAGGACUGCGCAUGUGCAGAGUACACCGUCGAGGCCGCGGGACUCUCACUAUUACUGUAUUGAGCUAUAAAGUGUGGGAACUCGA